AUGGGGACCUACGAAGGCAACAACAACAACAAUGGCAGCUCUUGGGUGGAACCACAGCCAGGAUUCACUGCGACUGGUUCGGGCGUUACGGAAGAAGCUCUGAUUCAGAAAUUUGAGAAUGUAGGUCUGAAUUCGAGCGAGAACUUGAACGAAUCCAUUAACAAUGAACUAACAGAUCGCGGUAUUCUGGACAUUAGCACAUUUCACUACCCCCUGCGACCUUACGCUGAAGAUUGUCCCCAUUACCUUCGAACAGGAAGGUGUAAGUUUGGACCCGCUUGCAAGUUUAAUCACCCGGUUAAGACUACAAUUCAGGUUGGUAAAGGCAAGAAAAAGGACACAGACAAGGAAGGGUUUUCAGGAAAAAUGGGACACAUUGAAUGCAAGAUGGUUCAAGUAAUUGCAACGGGCUGGAACAGCCGGUUCAGCAGUGAGACCUGCUGGUCGAGUCUGAUUCUGAUAACUAUGGCUAGUAUUAUAUCAUGUAAAUUGUAUUACCUAACAGCAGGCGGGUGCAAGUAUGGAAAUUCAUGUCGAUUCAUGCACUCUAAAGCAGAGCCCGGUGCUCUGCUGGGACUUAAUUUUCUUGGUUUGCCAAUACGAUCGGGAAAGAAAGAGUGUUCCUUCUACAUGCGUAAUGGUACCUGUGGAUAUGGGGUUCGCUGCAUGUUCCACCAUCCUGAUCCUACCUCCGAAGGAGGAACUGAUGUUCGCAACUCAACUCUCAGUUAUGAAUCUGUGGGACAAUAUGGUCAUUCCUUAGGAAAUUGUAGUGCAGAGUUUGCUCCUUUGCAUGUGUCAGGGGCAUCAGCUGCAUCACAACCAGCUCAAGCAUCCUGGGAUUUGCAUACAAUAUCCAAUACUACUGUUCAUUACUUGGCUAACCACUCGUCUUAUAUGCCUUCAGUGCAUUCCCAUCCUCAAGAGGUGUAUCAAAAUCUUGAAUGGAGUGGUUAUCAGGCCCCUAAUUAUGCCCAAGAAAGGGCAAAGCAUCCUCGUUCGGCUCCGGGAACAGACUUUUUUGGAAAAAAAGCAGAUGCUGCUUCACAGGCUGAAGAAUUCCCAGAACGACCAGGUCUACCUGAGUGCAACAACUUCAUGAAGACUGGGGACUGCAAAUUUAAAUCAGCAUGUGUGUAUCACCAUCCCAAGAGUCGGGCUCCGAAAGCGAAUGCCGACAUUUUUGGAAAAAAAGCAGAUGUUGCUUCACAGGCUGAAGAAUUCCCCAAGAGUCAGGCUCCAAAAGUGAAUGCCUGUCAUCUCAGUGACAAGGGGUUGCCUAUAAGGCCUGGCACUAGAAUUUGCAAGCAUUACGAGCGGUUUGGUAUUUGCAAGUAUGGGCGCGCCUGUUCCUUCAACCAUCCAGUGAAUCAUGAGCCCUUCACUUCCGCAGCUGGGCCCAUUUUAGAGUCUCCUGGCAGCAGUGUUGGUAGUGCUGGAGAUUCUGGAAUGGACGGGUGAAAGAAUGGAAAUGAGGCUACUAUCCAGCAGUCUGCAUAGAAACUGUUUCCCUACCUGAAACAGACCUCUCAUACAGGAAACAUGUGGACUCCUUUUUUCUUCUGUUUCUUUCUUUGUCUAAACUUUUUUGAGUACAACAAGCUGUUGUGCACAGGAAAAACCUUUGCCAACAAACAAAUCUUUAAAUUAUAUGUCUUUCGGCAUUCAAGGAAUUGAGGU